AUGAAUGCACCGACGAAGCCGCAGCGCUUGCCGACCCCGUCCCUGCGACAGCAAUACUACACUUGCAGACAUGCGAAAAACGGAGGCCAUCAGCAAAUGGGGGGAAGUGUCAGUCUUCCGAACCUUCCAGAGCAUUCGUGCGGUGAUACCGUCAGGGAAGGCUUGCAGUUCUUUUCGGGGCAAGCAGAGGUGCUAACGUUUGAGGAGGUGGUCUCUGACCAGCCUCGAGACAUCAGUCAGAGCGGAGUUACUGCUCCGCGAAAAACGCCUUUGCGGGCGCAGCGAUUUGGGUCUUCCACUGUGUCGCGCGACCGGGUCCAGCAGACGUUACCUCGCCACAUCGAACUGUGUGAUGACAGAAAGGCUGUCCAGCACGCUCAAAGCAACUUGGAACACUUGGGGUCUGUCAUCAGGGACUUCGAGCUUUUUGGUCGAGGGCCAGAGGUAAAUGCAGCGCAGCCGCAUCGGCGCAUGCGAGGGCUCGACUUCUUGUACAGCGUUCGCAACGAUUCGGCAAUGCUACCUAAGCCAGAAGACGAAGGAGGUAUGAAGACGAGGGAAGACAAUGAUGAAGAGCUGCAGAAUGACCAGCGGCGCUCAAGAGUUUGGAAGCUGUUGAGGACAGUCCCGUACUUCAUGACGUUGGAGACCUCCUACAACGGGAUGACGUGGAAGCUCAGCAAGAAAUGCCAAUUCUUCAAGGAAGCAGCCGGUCAGGUUGUCUUCCGACAGGGCGAUCCAGCGGGCAAUUGUUACGUCAUAGUGACGGGCGAGGUGGCAGUGAAGAUUUUCAAAGACACUGGAAAAGAUGAGGUCAAUGCAGAUACUCUUCAAAAUCCGACUCCUGCAGGUUUUCUACUGAAAUCUGAGAUCGUGCUCAGUGGCACGAGUGGAGAGGAGGAGCAACAACUCAGGAAGUAUUUUGCAUGGGCCUCGCCGAAAAAGCCUGCCAAGCAGAAGGCAGAGCCGGAUACUCAUGUGAAAACAAUGAGGCGGAGGUCGAUGCAAAGCGUUCUGGCCAUCGUUGUGGAAGCUGCUGAUGCAGUUGACAAAUCAGCUGCUGAUGCGGCUGAUGAUCCGGAAAGGGACAUGACACUCUACGAGCAGUUGCAGCAGGAAGACAAUCCACGCUACAAAACUGCGGAGGGUCACUGUACUUGGUGUCCUCAGGACUCGUGCCUCGGCGAGACGGUCGUGACUUUGGGUGCAGGAUCCAUUUUCGGAGAGAUGGCGCUGCAAAAUGACAAGCCCCGUGCUGCAACCAUCGAGUGCGUGCAGGAUUGUGAGUUCCUUGUGAUCCCGCGGUUCGUGUACAGGAGGAUUCUCAAGGAGAUCACCAGCAGGUCUGCCGACAGCUUAAAGGCUUCCUCCAUACUGAGGAAGCUGGACUUCUUCAUGGACAUGGAGGUCGAGCGACCUGGAACCAUCGACCGUCUUGCACAAAAGACCGCGUGGCAGGUCCGCACAGGUCACGAAGUGAUCAACGAAAUGUAUGAGUUCCGUGCGCCCAUUGAGGCUAUGCGUGGUUCAAAAGGACCAACGGUACUUGACUUUGGAAAGAUUCAGUGGUUACAGCAUUUGCGCUCAGGCCUCUGUGUUGGGCCCUUGCGUGGCCUUCUGCAGGCAAGGAAGGCGGAGAACAGCAAGGGAGGGAGGGGCGGUAGGCCUGCAUGCUUCGGGGAGCUGGCUCUUAAGAAUACUCAGCCUCGAGCAGCGACGGUGAAAUGUCGGACAAAAUGCCGGCUGAUGAUCUUGGAGAAGCAGCAUGUCCUGCAUGUGCUGACAGAGGUAAUGGCCAGAGUUCGCUUCUUCAACGACCGACUUCCUGGCAUUGGUGAUGCAGAGUACAGGAUGGACCACCCCUGUCAGUACUUCAGCCUUCGCAAGUUCCCACAAGGCUAUCAGUUCACUCACGAGGGCAUUGUUAUGACGGAGCCCGCGCUUUACGUGCUGAAGAGUGGGGCCUUAGAGUUCCGCAGAUACAGGAGAACAAGCCAGAAUCCAGUGUACGUUCUUUCGCAUUUGCCGAUGGUUGAGUCGGCCUGGAAGUCUGUGGCGGCCAGGCCGCGCACCGGUGUUGCUGGCAGUAAGAG